GCACUUAAUUUAUGUGCUCCCCACCGUCACGGCCUUGCUUGUCUCUUGGCAAGCGUUUGCCGCGCCAAGAGAACUUAGACUAAUGUGUUUGCUUUAUGUGCAACUAUUCAUCAUUCUCUUACUGUUGACGUCGCAUUUUCAACUACGAGCACAAGUAGAAAACUCGAUAGCAUCAUACCUCACACCAAGAUGCUUCCACGCACAGCAUCUGUUCGAUCAUCCAUUCUUCGUAUCUUGCCACGACACACUUCACUUGCUCCCCGAUCGAACCCGGUAUUGUUAAGAAACUUUGCUUCUAGGUACACCCCACCUCCAACUCCUUCAAAACCUAUUGGCCCGAGCCAAGAUGUCCUGCCUCACAUUAGUGAAGAGGGUGCCAUAACCGCCGGUAUUAUGGGUGGAGAGGGUCUAUACCCGAUGCCAGGAGUACCGAUUGGAGAGGUGAGAUCUUGAUUCCAAACUGUCGGGAAUUGGCAAUUCCUGACUUGGUAUCAGAUGUUAAGAACCGACCCCACCGCACUGCAGAACACGCCCAAGCUCUUUAAAGGGAUUCCCGGGGUAAAAAGAGAAUACUCCACUACAGCAACUCCGAUCGAGCCUCCGCUUCCUGAAGCUCCUGCUGACAUAGCUUCUUCUACCGCUCCCGCACCUGCUCCCACACCACCCCCGGUUUCUCCUGAUGCCUUUGCCUUGACGAUUCCCGGGGCUAAAUACCCUCUCCCAAAACUUCCACUUCCGUCGUGCUCUCACCUUAAGCAUCGCUAUUCUACAUUACUGGAACAGGUCACAAACUUUAUUAUGAUAGGAGGUCGAAAGGCCAAGGCGGAGUCUUUGGUCGACCAGAUACUUGCCAAUUUACGGACCCGCCCUGCUCCAAAACCAAGGGAAGGGACCCCACUUCUCCCUGGGACUCCAGCAUUGUCUACACUACCACUGGAUCCGAUUCAAUACCUCCAGACAGCGAUUGACUCUGUCUCUCCGCUGGUCAAAAUUUUAAUGCUAAAGGGUGGAGGAGGUGCUAAGCAACCCGUUCCAUACCCACUACGCUUGCGACAGCGGAGACGAUUUGCGUUGACAUGGAUAUCUGCGGCUGCGGAUAAGAAGAAAGAUAGGCUGGGGUUUGCGGAAAGAUUUGCCGAUGAGGUUGUGGCUGUUGUCGAAGGUAGAAGCUCAGCAUGGGAAAAGAGGAGUCAGGUACGCAACCCCUGACAUGCUAUUUCUGCCAUUGGAACUUAUGAAAGAACAGGUUCAUAAACUAGCCGUAGUAUCGCGUGCCAAUGUUAUUAUCGAUCCUGGAAGAACAGUGGCGCCUUCAAAAAUCAGGUUCCCCAUCGCUGUUCUGUAGAUUCUGGGGGGAAAUCAUUGAUAUCAUGUGGACUAUUUUUCUCCUUUCCCCCCUCUCUCUAUUUUCUGGAUUUGGACUCCCUCUUAGGCAUGGCACGGUGCAUAAGGCAUUUGUAAACUCACAUAUUUUAGACAAAAACAUGUUAAGAGGAAAGAAAAUUUUGG